UUUGCGAGGCGGUGCCUCUUGGUGAUGGUCGCUCAUCGCGCUGCACGCAAACGGUGUUCCAAAAAAACUCGGUUACAUUUGUAGUUUGGGAUUUAAAGAAAAACUCCUAACAGCAAUUGAAGUCGUAAUUAACCACCAGCAUCCAAAAAUACCGUGUGUUCAACGGAUGAAGUAGAUAUUAAAAUAGUUUCAGGAUUAUGAACUGAUACGUUAUCUGUUAAGAAGUGAUUCCGGGUCAGUGGGAAGGUUUGAACUGCUCUCUGGAAAGUGACCAUUGUUGUAAUCAGGUCGAGGCUGUUAUCAUUUCCACUUGCUGACUUUCUUAGUUUUUUUUACGGGUUUACAGCAGAAAAACAGUGCAAGCGUUUUAGAGUGUCAUGAAAGAAAUGUCAAGCACCAUGCCUGGUGGGCAGCAGCCUCAGAAACACUAUGGCAUCACCUCUGCCAUUAGCCUUGCACCACCACGAGAAAUAGACCGCCAGUACACCAAGAAGCUCUGUGAUGCUAUGAAACCGUUUGGGGUGUUUGAAGAUGAAGAGGAAUUGAACCACAGACUUGCAGUCCUUGGAAAGUUGAAUAACUUUGUUAAAGAGUGGAUUGCAGAGAUCAGUGAAUUAAAGAACCUUCCACCAUCAGCUAUUAGCUGUGUUGGGGGCAAGAUAUUUACAUUUGGUUCAUACCGACUCGGAGUACACACCAAAGGAGCUGAUAUUGAUGCCUUAUGUGUGGCUCCACGCCAUGUAGAGAGAAGUGACUUUUUCCAGUCUUUCUUUGAGAAAUUGAAACAGCACGAGGAGAUUAAAGAUCUUAGGGCUGUCGAGGAUGCUUUUGUACCAGUGAUAAAAUUCAAAUUUGAUGGAAUUGAGAUUGACCUGCUUUUUGCCAGACUGGCCUUACAGUCCAUUCCAGACAACUUGGACCUGAGGGGAGACUCCAUUCUGAGAAACUUGGACAUUCGGUGUAUUCGCAGCCUUAAUGGUUGUCGAGUAACUGAUGAAAUUUUGUACCUGGUGCCAAACAAAGAAAACUUCAGGCUGACAUUAAGAGCCAUUAAACUGUGGGCAAAGCGUCGAGGGAUCUACUCCAACAUGCUGGGCUUUCUGGGUGGAGUGUCAUGGGCCAUGUUGGUGGCCAGGACCUGCCAGCUCUACCCCAAUGCUGUCGCUGCCACGCUUGUCCACAAGUUCUUCUUGGUUUUCUCCAAAUGGGAGUGGCCAAAUCCUGUGCUAUUGAAACAGCCUGAGGACAGUAACCUGAAUUUACCCGUGUGGGAUCCUAGAGUGAAUCCAUCUGACAGGUACCACCUGAUGCCCAUCAUCACACCUGCCUAUCCCCAGCAGAACUCGACCUACAAUGUGUCCACGUCAACACGCACCAUCAUGAGCGAAGAGUUCAAAUACGGUCUCAGCGUCACAGAUGAGAUUCUUCAGGGCAAAGCAGAAUGGUCCAAACUCUUUGAGCCACCCAACUUUUUCCAAAAGUACAAACAUUACAUUGUUCUAACUGCCAGUGCAUCCACAGAAGAAAACCACUUAGAAUGGAUCGGCCUGGUGGAGUCAAAGAUCCGCGUUCUGGUGGGAAACCUGGAGAGGAAUGAGUACAUCACCCUGGCUCAUGUCAACCCCCAGUCGUUCCCCGGGUCCAAAGAGAAUCGCAAUGAGAACGACUUUGUGUCCAUGUGGUUCAUUGGGAUCAUCUUCAAGAAGGUGGAGAACGCGGAAAGUGUAAACAUUGACCUGACGUAUGACAUUCAGUCCUUCACAGACACCGUGUACAGACAAGCCAACAACAUCAACAUGCUGAAGGAUGGGAUGAAGAUUGAAGCAACACAUGUGAAGAAGAAACAGCUCCAUCAGUACCUUCCUCCUGAACUGGUGCAGAGAAGAAGAGGUAUAGCGGAGUUGAACCGCAGCUCUAAUGGUGGGAGCUCUAAGCGGAUCUCUCUGGACAGCAGUCACCUGGACAGCUCCAGAGACACAGACUCAGGGACUCCCUUCAGCUCCCCAACCAGCAAGCCCUCUAAACCUGCAUUUGACACAGAUGACAGCGUCAGCCCUCCCAAGCAGCUUUUUGUGGAGAGCCCCCCAGCACCCAGUGCAGCACCCACUGCUACAGACCAGGGCAUGUCCAUCCCUGUCAUUGGCUCAAUGCCUCCAGUUAAAGCAAAGCCUCCUUCCCCACCAGCCAGCAGCUCAGUCAGCACAGUGCUGAGCGGGAAUGUGAAGCCCACCGCCACCAGCAGCCCCGAAGAGGAGCCCAACGGCCUGGACGACUCCGUCAAUGGAGCUCCUGUCAAGAGACCACACUCACCUACACAAGAGGACCUUACCAAGAGGCACAAAGACGCAGAGGUGGUGCCCAACGAUGACUCUGCAUUCAAAGAGCCAUAUCCAGUAUCCUCUGACGCCUAUACACAUGGAGAUGGACCUAAUCUUACUUCUCUGUCUGGAUCAAAGGCAAAGCCCAUUCCAACCAUUGAUACCUCAAGAACACAGAGACUUCCCAGCAUGGAGCUGCCAGAUGCCUCCUCACCUCUGCCAGCCAGUAACAGCUGUCGUGUUGUGAAAAAUUCCAUUAAACUGGCACUCAACCGCCACAACAUCACACCUCCCAAGCCUCCAGUGUCUGAGGGCGCCGUCACCACCGACGCUCCACCUGCCAGCGAAGAAAAGGGCAUGUCCAUUCCUGUCAUUGGCUCAAAACACGUGGCACCCUCUGUCGGCAGCUCCAUUCCCACACUAGUGAGCCGAGGAGCCGACCCGCUGAAUGGAGCAGCCUCCAAGAGACCCCUCUCCCCCUCUAUGGAGGAACAGGCCAAGAGGUUGAAAGAAACAGAGAAGGCCAGAAUCCACAUAGCUUGAACACACAUCCAAUAAACUGGAUUCAUACACAGACAGAGGUGGGGCUUUACAGUCAACACCGAGGGGAUGACUUCACACAGGGACAGGGAGCAGGUUCAGGUUAGUGAGUCUGAAGUGUGAAGCAGCAGAACGGACCUCACCUCAAAUCUUUCAGAGAUUACAGAUUUGCCAGUGGAUAGGGGAUUUGGCUAAUGCUGUCUCGCUCACAGCCAGAGGGUGUGUAAGCCCACAGUCACCGAGAUAUGACAUGAGAACUAAAGCAGCAGUUUUUUACUCCUCUUCUCCCUCAGUGUUUAAAAUGUACACAGUUCAGAUGGAAAAUGGUCUAUUCUUUUCAUUUUCCCUUUUUCCAGUUUAACAUGUUUUAAAAACAAAAGAAGACCCAGGACAUUUAUCGACGCUUGCUGCACACACUUCUGGUGUAUGCUGAUUUUUUUUUUUUUUUUUGUUUAGUUUUUCUUUUCAUUUCUUCUCUCAAAAACUUGUACAGUAAAUGUUAAUGUACAUAACUUUUUGUCUUAAAAAGAAGCAAAAGAUCACUGUUAAGUCUUUUGACCAUUCUAUUGUAGUUUUAUCUAAAAAGAAAAAAAAAGUUUAAAAAAUUGUAAUUUUUUUUUUUGUUUUUCUCUACUGCUUGUCCCAAAACAAAAUGUCUCCAGCCCUGGAUAUUUUUUGUAGACACUGUAUAAGUUUGGAUACAGUUGCAGGGAGGAUUUGUUGAGAGUUUGCUUGGGUAUGACAGAAAUCACAACCACAGCUCUUUGGACCAGCGUAACUAGCCAAAGAGGUCUCACGGUUAGUAUCAGAACUGCAAUGUGUUGGUGAUUGUAGACGCCCAGUGACAUCAGAGCUUCUCAGGUGCUGGUAAGUCCAAGAAAACAUCCACAUAACGGGAACCAUCGUGCAUUUUCUUGAAGUGUUUCAUUGUUCAGCUCUUGGAAGGAUUAGUACAGAACAUUAGAAGAACCAUAUCGGAAUGCUGAACGUUAAUCCUUCUGUCAUUGGAGCCUUUGUCACCUACUGUUCAUCUUGGAUGGCGAGUUUCCUCCCCACUUUUCAUGGUGUCAUCAAGCCGUCAGAUAAGUGUAGUUGCCAUAGAAACGUGAGCACUGAACAGUUCAGACAGUUGUAAGGAUGUGUUUAAAUAUCAGUUUUGUGUAUGUACCUGUGACAGAUUGUCUGACACCUAACAUUAACCUCAAGUCCAUCAGGAGGACUAAACAACAACAACAACAAAAAAGGAAUUUGUUCGGGAUGCUGCUUGACCCCCCCCUCCAAAACCCCACAGUCACACCCACCACUUCAGUGGUCUGUUUGCUUGUGAAGUUUGUUCCUGGUAAGACCAAGUUUCAUUUGCGAGCGCGUUUCUCGUCCGUUGGAAAUUUUGUGGUGCUUUGUGGAAAAAAAAAAAAAUGGUUCGAAGCUUUUUGAAGAGUCGUGCCGGUUUGUGUGUGUAUGCAUGCAUAUAUGGCUGGCUGUGUGUGAGCGUGCAUGCAUAGGUGGUUGUGUUUGUGUUGGAGUGAGACAGAAUUCCCUUCGUUUUGGGUGUUAGCCCGCUGCGCCUCCUGUGGAGGUUCUUAAAAGGCAUCUCCUGGGGCCACAAGUGGUGGUGGUGGGGGGUCAGGAGACAACUUUUUACUUGCCUUGGGUCCCAACUCUCCAUCUUGAAGCUGGGUGUCAGGGUUUGAUUUCAGAACAGAGGUUAUAUGUAUACAGCGACAUGUAAAGUGAUGCUAACAAGGCGCCCUCUUCAUGGAGCAGGUAGAGAGUUGGGCCGCAGGCUUUUUUCCAGCACCAGUUUCCCCAACUAAAUGUACAGAGAACAGUUUUUUCAAAAUGCAUAUUCUUCAUUAUUGGGGGUUUUCUUAUCACUUUAUUUAUAUUUGCAUAUUUGUACCAUGUGAUCUUUUUUUUAAUAGCAUUCAUAGCAGGUAGGUCUUUUUUGAAAUCUGCACCACUCUGUUUCAGACAACUCAUGUUUUGCUGUUUGAAAGCAUU